AUGGGCCGAUCAAACCCUUCAAUUUUAAAGAUCGAACAAUGAAAUCCAGGAAAGGUGCUUUUUAAAUCAAGGCACAUUAAAUCAAAAGACAAAUUCUUUAUAAAAUAUAAGAAACCCAUUAAACGUCAAAACAGCUCCAAAAAGAACAGAAUCGACUCGGUGAAGCCUGCAAUAAUAAUUAAAUCAGCAAAUAGUAAUCCAUGUCUCCAAAAUAACGGUAAUCUUGUAUUCUCUUACUGGUUUAGCAUUGUUAAGAUAGAUCUAAAAACCAUGAAAACUACUCACAAAAAUUUCCCUCAACGUCCAGAAUUCGACAAAAGUAUAUCUAUAUGUGCAAUUCCCAAUAAUAAUUUUUUUGCAUUGAUUUCGGGAAUAGCUUGGCAUUUAUUAUUGAUAAAAGCCUCGAAAUCUCAGAAAUCAAACGUAUCAAGCCAAGAAAAUACGGUAGUAUGAUAUAUCUUGAUGGGCUAA